UUUUAAAUCCCCCACCUGUCAGAGAGAGGCAGGACUUCCUGUAUUUUUUAGAGCGACUGCCGGAAGUGGCAGCGGACAAAUCGGCGUUUGCGGAGGCUCGCAUAGAUUUGGCUGUCUCCGCUCGUAGCUGCUUUUGGCGCGAAAGAUGCCGGGUCUGGUCGACUCAAACCCUGCCCCGCCUGAGCCUCAGGAGAAGAAGCCGCUGAAGCCUUGCUGCGCUUGUCCGGAGACCAAGAAGGCGCGCGAUGCGUGUAUCAUCGAGAAAGGAGAAGAACACUGUGGACAUCUAAUUGAGGCCCACAAGGAAUGCAUGAGAGCUCUGGGAUUUAAAAUAUGAAAUGGUGGUCUGCUGUGUGAAUAAAUAAUUCCUGAAGAAUGAAGAAGAUUAAUUUUGGGAGUUCUUUGAUGAACUUUGAUAUGUGGAAAAAGUAUUUAUAAUUUAUUUUUAAAAGAAAGUAAAAUAUUACUAGCGAAAGAU